CUCAUAAUGCAUUGUUUUGCAGUCUACUGAAUCUUGUUUUUGUUUAUUGAUGCUUUUGAAUCUGAUCUUUGUGCUUAUAUCUUGUUUGGAAAAUAAGGAUCUUGGUGCAGACAACGGUUUGAUUGGUCAAUUUGGUGUUGGGUUCUAUUCUGCUUUUCUUGUUGCUGACAAGCAGGUGCAGUUUUGGUUUCACACUUUUUUUAGUCUUAUGCCUUGUAAAAACUAUCUGCUCAUGGUUGAGCUUCUAGUCUAGAUGACUGUCUUGAGCAGUAGCUCUUAUGUGAUUAGGGUAGAAACUGAUCCAGAAAAUAUCAUUAGCCGUGGGACGCAGAUCAAACUAUAUUUAAGGCCUGAUGACAAGUAUGAGUUCUCAGAGCCUGCCCGGAUCCAGAGUUUGUUUGCAGGGGUUGAUGUUAAACAGGGAAGGGUAUGCUUCUAUAGGAGGUGGUUCACCCUUGUGUAAGAUGACAGAUGAGCAGGCAAAUGCACUGAAAAUGGCUUUGGAAUCAAAGGACAUGCCGGUGAAUGUCUAUGUGGGAAUGCGGUACUGGUUCCCGUUCACUGAGGAAGCAGUUCAUCAAUUUGCAUUUUGCAGCUUCGGGACUCAACAAAUACAUGUAACCCUUUAUAUGACUGCAAUUGCUUCCCAGUCCACUUUGGUGCAAAAACCUAUUGUCAAGGUCUUACCAGAAAAUGGCCUGGAGGUUAGGUUAUCAGGGUCAGAAGUAACAGGGAGCCCUCCUACAACUGUCACCCACAAUGUUGAAUAUUGAUUGGAGAUGUAGGGUUAUUCUUUACUGCAGUGCGUACUGAUAUCCAAUUUAUGCUACUGAUGGAAAUGUACUUUGGAAAUGUACUU